GCGGCGGCGGCGGCCGAGGCGGGCGCCUGCCACGGGCCCCCCCCCCGCAACGGCACGGGCCUGGCGCAGCUCCGCGCCCGCGAGCUCCCCUGCGCCGCCCACGAGCUGCGGCCCUUCCAGUCGCUGCCGUUCGCCUCGCUGGCGGCGGAGCCCUUCGCCCUGGGGGGGCACCCGGGGGUGGCCCUGGCGCAGCCCUUCGCCGGCGCCUGCGCCCUGCUCGAGUGGGACCAGCUGGCCGGGCGCUUCCGGGCGCCCACCAUCAUCAACGGCUCCUCGCCGGUGGCCUGCCACCCGCUGCAGCUGGGGGGGGCCCUGGUGGUGGUGAUGGCCCAACUGGGCGGCUCUUCGGCCGUGUGGCGCCGGGCCGGCGGCCCCGGCAGCCGUUUCGUGAGGCUCCAGGUUUUGGGGGCCGGGAGGUUACGUCGGCCCCACGCCGUGGCCAGCGCCCGCUUGGGGGGCCACUGGUUCCUGGGGGUGGCCGACAGCUCCAAGGCGGGCACCAGCACCCUCUUCCGUUGGGGGGGCCGGGGCUUCUACCCCCACCAGGCGCUGCGCCCGUGGCACCGCGACACCCACCUGGAGUUCUUGGAGCUGGGAGGUCGCCCGGCCAUGGUGGUCUGCAGCGGUACCCGGCGGCCCUUGGUCUACCGGUGGAGCGGGGCGACCCAGGCCUUCGCGCCCCACACCGACAUCCCCCACGUGCCCGACGUCUACGCCGCCAAGCACUUCCGCCUGCGGGGCCACGUCUUCCUGUGCCUCUCGCGCUUCCUGGGGGACGCCAAGGUGAUGCGUUGGGAAGGCUCCAUGUUCCGGGAGGUGCAGCAGGUGCCAGCAAGGGGCUCCUUGGUCUUCCAGCCUCUGGCCUUGGCCGGCCAACGCUACGUGGUUUUGGGCAACGACUACGCACCCAGCCGGGUCUACCGGCUCGGCCCCGGCGGGCGCCUGGAGCCCGCCCAGGAGCUCAUGGCGCCCACGCCCCGGGCCUUCGCCCCGUUGUCCCUGGGCCACCGGCACUUCCUCGUGGCCUCCAGCUUCAAGGGGGCCACGCAGAUCUACCGGCACGUCACUGUGGACCUGGGCACCUGAGCGGGGACGGGGGGGAGUGGGCUGCGGUGAGGUGGGGCACCGGGUGCUUGAGGGACCGCAGGUGGUGGUGGUGGUGGUGGUGGUGGGGACACACGUCAGCCACCACGGCACCGGAGACCCGGAGGGGGUCGAGGUGGGCUGAAGGACGUGGGGACGUGGAGAUGUCGGCCAUCGGGGUCACCACGGGCGUCUGAGGGACACGGUAAUCGUGGCACCGUGGACCUGGGCACCUGAGGGACAUGGGGCUGGGGGGACAUCAACCGCCAUGGACCUACGUGCCCCGAAGGACCUGGGGACACUGGUCAUCACGUCAUCAUGGACCUGGGUGCUUGACGGACGUGGGGACACUGGUCAUCGCGUCAGCAUGGACCCAGGUCCCUCGAGGACAUGAGGACAUUGGUCAUCAUGUCACUGCGGAGCUGGGUGCUUGAGGGACAUGGGGACAUCAGCCACCAUGUCACCAUGGACCUGGACACCUGAGGGACGUGAGGACAUCAGCCACCAUGUCACCAUGGACCUGGGUGCCUGAGGGACAUGGGGAUACUGGCCACCACGUCAUCAUGGACCUGGACGCUUGAGGGAUGUGGGGACACUGGCCACCACGUCACUGUGGACCUGGACACCUGAGGGACAUGGGGACACUGGCCACCACAUCACCAUGGACCUGGACGCUUGAGGGACAUGGGGACACUGGCCACCAUGCCAUCAUGGACCUGGACACCUGAGGGACAUGGGGACAUCGGCCACCACAUCACCAUGGACCUGGAUGCUUGAGGGACAUGGAGACACUGGCCACCAUGUCACCAUGGACCUGGACACCUGAGGGACAUGGGGACACUGGCCACCACAUAACCAUGGACCUGGAUACCUGAGGGACAUGAGGACAUCGGCCACCAUGUCACCAUGGACCUGGACGCCUGAGGGACAUGGGGACACUGGCCACCAUGUCAUCAUGGACCUGGAUACCUGAGGGACAUGGGGACACUGGCCACCACAUAACCAUGGACCUGGGUGCCUGAGGGACAUAAGGACACUGGCCACCAGGUCACCAUGGAACUGGAUGUCUGAGGGACAUGGGGACAUCGGCCACCAUGUCACCACGGACCUGGAUACCUGAGGGACAUGGGGGACACUGGCCACCACAUAACCAUGGACCUGGGUGCCUGAGGGACAUAAGGACACUGGCCACCAUGUCACCAUGGACCUGGACGCCUGAGGGACAUGGGGACAUCGGCCACCAUGUCACCACGGACCUGGAUACCUGAGGGACAUGGGGACACUGGCCACCAUGUCACCAUGGAACUGGAUGUCUGAGGGGACAUGGGGACAUCGGCCACCAUGUCACCAUGGACCUGGACGCCUGAGGGACAUGGGGACAUCAGCCACUAUGGACCUGGGUGCCUGAGGGAUGUGGGGACACUGGCCACCACAUCCCCAACAUCCCCAUUGUCCCCCACGUCCCCUCCCAGUGUCCCCAAUGUCCCCAUUGGCCCCACGUCUCCCCGUCCUCAACGUCCCCAUUGGCCCCACGUCCCCUCCUGGGGUCCCCAAUGUCCCCAUUGGCCCCACGUCACCCCCGUCCCCAACGUCCCCAUUGGCCCCCCCAUCCCCAAAGUCCCCAUUGGCCCCACGUCCCCUCCCAGUGUCCCCAACGUCCCCAUUGGCUCCACAUCACCCCCAUCCCCAUUGGCCCCACGUCCCCUCCCAGUGUCCCCAACGUCCCCGUUGGCCUCACGUCCCCUCCCAGUGUCCCCAAUGUCCCCAUUGGUCCCACAUCACCCCUGUCCCCAACGUCCCCGUUGGCCCCACGUCCCCAAUGUCCCCAUUGGCCCCACGUCCCCUCCCAGUGUCUCCAAUGUCCCCAUUGGCCCCAUAUCACCCCCGUUCCCAACGUCCCCAUUGGCCCCACGUCCCCAACGUCCCCGUUGGCCCCACGUCCCCUCCCAGUGUCCCCAACGUCCCCAUAGGCCCCACGUCACCCCCGUCCCCAAUGUCCCCAUUGGCCCCACGUCCCCUCCCAGUGUCCCCAAUGUCCCCAUUGGUCCCACAUCACCCCUGUCCCCAACGUCCCCGUUGGCCCCACGUCCCCAAUGUCCCCGUUGGCCCCACAUCCCCUCCCAGUGUCUCCAAUGUCCUCAUUGGCCCCAUAUCACCCCCGUUCCCAACGUCCCCAUUGGCCCCACGUCCCCCCCGUCCCCAACGUCCCCAUUGACCCACGUCCCCUCCCGGUGUCCCCAACGUCCCCAUUGGCCCCCCGUCCCCGCUGGCCCCACGUCACCCCCCGUGUCCCCCCCUCCCCCAAUAACCACAUUUACCACUUUUUAACAUUUUUUAGAAA